AUUUGAAAGAGCCCAAAAUAAGAGAAACCCUAGCUCCCUUUUAUAAGGGUUUUUACGUUUCAGCUAAAACUCUCAUGUCUCAUCUUAUUACUGCGGGCAUUUCUAUUUUGGUGGCCACACAAGUGUAGACAGAAGCUGCAGCAAUGGUGAAGUAUUCAAGAGAACCAGAUAACCCCACCAAGUCCUGCAAAGCUAGGGGAUCUGAUCUCCGCGUUCACUUCAAGAAUACAAGAGAGACUGCUUUUUCAAUCCGGAAAUUGCCUUUGGGCAAGGCUAAAGGGUACUUGGAGGAUGUUUUGGCACACAAGCAAGCUAUUCCAUUCCGCCGCUUCUGUCGUGGUGUUGGGCGAACUGCUCAAGCUAAGAACCGCCAUUCAAAUGGACAAGGGCGGUGGCCUGCUAAAUCUGCUAAAUUCAUCCUUGAUUUGCUGAAGAAUGCUGAAAGCAACGCUGAGGUAAAAGGUUUGGAUGUCGAUGCACUUUACAUAUCACAUAUCCAAGUCAAUCAAGCCCAAAAACAGCGUCGUCGUACUUACCGUGCCCAUGGAAGGAUCAAUCCUUACAUGUCAUCGCCUUGCCACAUUGAGUUGACUUUGUCAGAGAAGGAAGAGCCUGUCAAGAAAGAGGCUGAUACACAGAUUGCUCCAAGGAAGCCCAAGGGUGCUCUUCGCAGUGGAGCUUCCUCCUGAAAAGCGUUGGGGUGAUCCAGGAUUAUGGCUCCAUUAGAAAAUUGUUGUUUUUCUUUUGUUUCAGCUGCCUAUCGAACUAUAAAAUUUUUCGAUAAGAUUUUGUUCUGGAGCUUAUAAAUGAUUUUCUUACAUUGCUAACUUUUUUUCCCAGUUGGUGUUGGUUUGGGCAAUCAUGAAUCUCAUAGACAUUCAAUGAAAUUCCAUAGUGAUGUCUCUCUCAUUAAA